UAUAUUCACUGCGUGUUUGGUCGCCUGCGUGUGAUAGCCCGUAUUGCGGUGAGACUGGCUGUGGUUUCACCCUCCCCCGGUUCCCUGUAUAUGUCCCCUACAGAGAGGAAUGAGCUGACUUAAACGACCCCGCUGUGUCCCCUAUCACUAUGGCCCUGAUCAUCCGUGUUACAGCACCCCCGUGCAGGGAGGACGCAUGUGGGAUACUUGUAUAAACAACACCCCCGGCUGGCAGGAUUUCCUGGUGACAGGAUCCAUUCCGGCGACUCUCCUGCGCUCCGGGCCAGGUGUUGCGCGGGCCCGUCCCUCCUCUGCCAGCUGACUCGCAGCCCUUGUUUACUGGUUGGAUAUUGGUGGGACAGGAGAAGGGGGGGAGAGGCCGCCAGAGGAGCUGCUAACGUACGUGCACGGGAGACACAGGCGGAUCGUGCAGAUUUAUUUGUAUACACAGCUCCCGGUUACGGCACUGUCUGUCCCGGCUGCCAGGCGGGGGGAGCACCGGGAGGAGACCCUGCUGCGCCCCGGCCCAUCUCUUCUCGGGUGAAGACCUGUUUAGCCGAUCGCCCCCAGCCUGUCACUGUCACCCGCACUGGGCCCCAUGUACUGAGGGCCAGGGAGCUGUCUGGCCGCGGCUGUGCUGUGUGUGCGCCCCGGAGUGACCCGAGCUGGAGCCUGCACUCACCCCCUGCCGCCGCCGGGCUGGAUAACACGCCGCAAUAGGAGGAUACCGAAUAGCUGCUGCGCCCUGCCCCGGCCAGCUCUCUCACCGGGCACAGCCUGCAUGCCCGCCCGCACGGAUUACUCUGAAGAAGUCGAGAUUUCAGCUUCCCGGGCAAGAGCCGACGCACUACAGUAACCAGCGGGCUAUCCCCAGCGCUCACACACAGGGACCAGGAGGCGGCUGCUAUAGAGGCGCCUGUGCCAGUCCCGGCUCCCCCUGUGCUGCCCGUUUCCCUCUCCCCCUGGAGGCACCAUGCUGCCGCGGUACCUGAGCCGCAGGAACCCCAUCGUAAAGUGAGAAGAGCAGCAGCCACUGACUGGCAGGAGGGGACACUGCUCUCACCGGGGAGCAGCUGCUGCCAGCCCCUGCCGGGAGACCGCCCUGUGCCGCGCACACCCACCCAGCCGCCCCGGGGAGCAAGCAGGGCAUGGGACAGGGUGUCAUGGGGGGUGUGGGGCACCCCGAUAAUAACCCCGCUCCCAAACCAAGCUGGACCGUCCUGCUCUCCAUCUGUGCCGUCAUGAUGCUGAUCCUCUGCGGCCAAAGCAACGGGAAAAUUUGCUCCAGUAUGGAUAUCCGGAAUAACCUGACCAAGUUUUAUGAUCUGGAGGACUGCACUGUUAUUGAAGGUCACCUACAAAUUUUACUCAUGUUUAGCACCAAACCGGAAAACUUCCGAACCUUGAGUUUUCCCAAGCUUACUAUGAUAACGGACUACCUCCUUCUCUUUCGAGUUUAUGGCCUGGAAAGUCUCAAAGACCUUUUUCCAAACCUCACAGUCAUCCGUGGUACUCGACUCUUUUUCAACUAUGCCCUUGUAAUUUUUGAGAUGGUUCAUCUAAGGGAAAUUGGUCUACACCGCCUUAUGCACAUAAGUAGGGGCUCUGUCAGGAUUGAAAAGAACAAUGAACUAUGUUACCUUUCUACUAUUGAUUGGUCCAAAAUCCUUGACUCCGUAGAAGACAACUACAUCCGCCUCAACAAAGAUGAUAAGGAGGAAUGUGGCGACGUCUGCCCUGGUGCUAUAAAGGGAAAGAACAAUUGCCCAUCAACUGUAAUUAAUUCCGUGUUUGGUGCACGCUGCUGGACUCAGGAUCAUUGUCAGAAAAUUUGCCCUGCGUCAUGUAAGCACCAUGGCUGUACAUCCGAUGAGCUAUGCUGCCACAGUGAGUGUCUUGGGAGCUGCUUGGAGCCUAACAACCCAUUUAAGUGUGUAGCAUGCCGCAACUUCCUACACCAGGGAAAGUGCGUAGAGUCUUGCCCACCAGGUUCUUACAGUUUGAAGGGAUGGCGCUGCAUCACCUUCAAUGAAUGCCAGGAUCUUCACAAUAAGUGUCAAAAUUCACAGGAUAGCUCCUGCCUUCCAUAUGUCAUUCACAAGGGUGAGUGCAUACCGCAGUGCCCCUCUGGAUAUACCACCAACUCCACCUCGCUGACCUGUGUACCAUGCGCAGGACCUUGCCCGAAAGUCUGUACAGUUCAUGGUAAGGAAAAGGUUAUAGAUUCUGUCACAUCUGCCCAAGAGCUCAGAGGUUGCACAGUGAUCAGUGGAAAUUUGGCUAUCAACAUUCGUGGAGGCAAUAACAUCGCCGCAGAGCUAGAAGCAAAUCUUGGUCUUAUAGAGGAGAUUACCGGAUACCUAAAGAUCAGGCGAUCCUAUGCUUUAGUCUCUUUGUCCUUCUUCCGGAAGCUACGUCUAAUUAGGGGAGAUACCCUAGAGACGGGUGAUUACUCCUUCUAUGCUCUGGAUAAUACCAACCUGAGGCAACUAUGGGACUGGCAUAAGCACAAUUUAACAAUCCUAAAAGGAAAGCUUUUUUUUCAUUACAACCCGCGACUUUGUCUAAAAGAAAUUCGGGACAUGGCAAACAUCACUGGAGCAGAAGGCCGGCAGGACAAAAAUGAUAUUGCGACCAAGACUAAUGGGGACCAGGCAUCCUGUGAGAAUGAUGUGCUGCACUUUAAUUUUAUAAAGACAUCCUAUGAUAAGGUGGUAAUUAAAUGGGACCCAUACUGGCCACCUGACUACAGAGACUUGUUGGGGUUUAUGUUUCAUUAUAAGGAAGCACCCUACCAAAAUGUGACAGAGUUUGAUGGUCAAGACGCCUGUGGUUCCAAUAGUUGGACAGUGGUGGAUGUGGAUCCCCCAGCACGGACUACAGAUGGCAAGACAGCCAGUCCUCCAGGGUAUCUUUUGCGUAACUUGAAGCCCUGGACACAGUAUGCAGUAUUUGUGAAGACCUUAGUGUCUUCUUCAGAUGAAAGAGGAAGAACGUAUGGAGCAAAGAGUGAUAUCAUCUAUAUCAGGACAAAUGAAACCACACCCUCUGUUCCGCUUGUUUCAAUAACAAUGUCCAACACAUCAUCUCAGAUCUUUCUUAAAUGGAAACCACCAUCUGAGCCCAAUGGAAAUGUCACACACUACCUGGUGUAUUGGCAAGAGCAGCCAGAAGAUAGUGAGCUGCUGGAAUUGGAUUACUGUAUGAAGGGGAUAAAGUUGCCUUCCAGGACUUGGACACCUCCUCAGGAUACAGAAGAUUCUGCUAAACCUAAUGGAACAGACACAGAGGAUACAAACGCAGCCUGCUGUUCAUGUCCUAAGAGUGAGGCGCAAAUUAUGAAUGAGCACAUUGAACUGGCAUUCCGGAAAACUUUUGAGGAUUAUUUGCACAAUGUGGUCUUUAUUCCAAGACCUUCUAGAAAACGUCGUGAUACCUUUGGCGUAGCAAAUGGUACUUUGCCGGAUCAAGUGACCUUCCCUCCGCUAUCCAAUUCUACCUCAACAGCAGCACCUGAUGAUCAAGAGCCAAAGAAGUUCUCUCAAAAGGUUUGGUUCAAGGAGUCGUUUCUCAUUUCCAACCUGAAGCAUUUCACUGCCUACCGGAUUGAAAUCCAUGCCUGCAACCAGGACCCUUCAUUGGGCUGCAGUGUAGCUGCUUAUGUCAGCGCCAGAACCAUGCCAGAAGUGAAAGCUGAUAAUAUUGAGGAGCCUGUAACCUAUGAGACUGUAGAGCAAAACAUUCACGUCAUGUGGAAGGAGCCUAAAGACCCUAAUGGCCUAACCAUUUUGUAUGAAGUACAAUAUACCCGGCUUGGAGACACUCAGGAGGAAAACGUCUGUGUCUCGCAGAAACAGUACACCAUGGAUAAAGGAGCAAAGCUACGCUCACUACGUCCAGGAAACUACAGUGUGAGAGUACGGGCCACAUCGUUGGCUGGAAAUGGUUCUUGGACGCAGACCUCUUAUUUUUAUGUGCAAGAACAAACCCCUCCAAUUAGCAUUUUGAAGAUUAUCAUUGGUCCCAUCAUCGUACUUAUUGUUUUCGUGGUCAUCCUGAUUGCCUGCAUGGUCCAGAAAAAGAAAGAUGCAGAAGGGCCUACAGGUCCAUUGUAUGCGUCACCUAAUCCUGAAUACCUAAGCGCUAGUGAAGUGUACAUUCCGGACGAGUGGGAAGUACCACGAGAUAAGAUUGCAUUACUGCGAGAGCUGGGACAGGGUUCUUUUGGUAUGGUGUAUGAGGGGAUUGCCAAGGACAUUAUAAAAGGAGAGGCUGAGGUGCGCGUGGCUGUGAAAACCGUGAACGAGUCAGCAAGUCUUCGAGAGAGAAUUGAGUUCCUGAAUGAAGCCUCCGUCAUGAAGGCAUUCAACUGCCACCAUGUGGUUCGUCUGAUAGGUGUUGUCUCUAAAGGUCAACCUUCACUGGUCAUAAUGGAACUAAUGGGGCAUGGAGAUCUUAAAAGUUACUUGCGCUCACUGCGCCCUGAUGCAGAGAAUAACCCAGGCCGGGGAGGUCCCACCAUUCAGGAAAUGAUUCAGAUGUCUGCAGAGAUCUCUGAUGGCAUGGCUUAUCUCAAUGCCAAGAAGUUUGUACACCGUGAUUUGGCUGCCCGAAACUGUAUGGUGGCAGAGGACUUUACAGUGAAAAUUGGAGAUUUUGGGAUGACUCGUGAUAUCUAUGAGACAGAUUAUUACCGGAAGGGAGGGAAGGGGCUGUUACCUGUGAGGUGGAUGUCCCCUGAAUCUCUGAAAGAUGGAGUCUUCACCACAUUUUCGGACGUCUGGUCCUUUGGCGUAGUGCUUUGGGAAAUAACAAGUUUGGCUGAACAACCCUAUCAAGGGUUAUCGAAUGAGCAAGUACUCAAGUUUGUUAUGGACGGUGGUUCCCUUGAACAGCCAGACAACUGUCAUCAUAGACUUCACAGUAUGAUGCAGAUGUGCUGGCAAUAUAAUCCCAAGAUGCGGCCUACUUUCUUGGAGAUCAUCGAUAUGCUAAAGGAUGACAUCCAUCCAAGUUUCCAUGAGUUGUCUUUCUAUUACAGUGAUGAAAACAAACCACCUGAGACAGAUGAUCUGGAGAUAGAUUUUGAAAACAUGGAAAGCACCCCUCUCGACCCAUCUUCUAGCUCCCUUCGGGAGGACGGACGAGGAAACCUCUAUGAGGAACACAUACCCUACACUCACAUGAACGGGAGUAGGAAAAACGGACGCAUUCUAUCUCUGCCGCGUUCCAGCCCAUCCUAACACACAAAGCCCACCCCUCUGAAACUACAACUAUCCUCCGUCAAAUCUCAGGACAGAACUUUACCCAUGGCUAGAACAUCAAACCGCCAACACCCUCUUCAGGUUUUGAAUGUUUCAUUGUCCCAUCGGGUUCUUGACUUUAUAGUCUUGUGUUUGUUUUUUUGUUUUGUUUUCUUUGGUUGUUUUAUUUUUGACAGGCUGACUAUAGGCGAAACUGUGAACAUACAUAGCAAGGGAGGAAACUCCAUUCUACUCACCUACACUUUAUUGCCUAUUUAUUUCCAGUGGCUUUUUACUAGCAAGGUAAAGGUGUGCAAUGCUUACAGGAGUAUGAGGAGCAAAUACAUCUGGAUUACUUUAAAGCACACACAACAAAACUUAAUAAAACUGUUGCUCUUGAAGAAGGCAAAAUGCAAAGCUAUACCUUUUUAUAUGUGUAAGGGAUCAAGGUUCAAUGUAGACCUUGAUGUUUGUGGAGCUGUCCAGGUUGAGAGCAUUGGGAGCUUUUCUAUAAAAUGAUUUGGGAAAACGACUUGCAGAAAUGAAGAAAUUCUGUAAAAAGACCAGCAAGGAGUACCUCACGUGGACUGUUUGAUAAGGUGAAGUACAUGUGCCCCUGACAUGUUGCCCCACAUUCUAAUCAUUGUCAUGAACUGCUGAGUUUUCCCACAAGAAACAUAACACUUGUUGAACUUUCAACUUGAUGCAUAAACUGUGCUCUUUAAUCAUA